CUAAGUGGUGGCUGUUUCUCUCUCUGCUCUCCCUCCAAGCUUGUAAAAUGAAAAGUAAAGCCACGGAGUCAUCAUCUUUUCCCGUACCCCUCUCUAGAGUGCAUUAGAAAACAUGGUGGAUGUUUGUAUGAAUUUUGUAAAUUGUGUGCGGCGUCCUUCUUGUGUUUUGGAAUGUUGACCGUCCAAUCUGCGUUUGAAAGUUUCGAGUAGAUACUAUUGAAUGGUGCCAUUUACUGAUCUGUUCGCAAGUUCAUUUCUUUCCUGCCUGGCGCAGGUUUAUCUCGCCCAAUUUUAAGUUGUGUACUGAAAAAGCUUAGCGCCAAUGAAGAAUUUUCACAAAUGUUCGUCUGUUUGUGCUACUUGCAAAAUACUUGAACUUUCACUUUGAUAGAAUUUGAUGCCUUAGAAGAAGAAACAUGUCAGUGUUCAAUGACCAGGCAUUUGAAAAGAAACUGUUAGGGCUUAAGGAUUCUCAGGAGAGCAUUUCCACCUUGUCAGAUUGGUGUCUUCAACACAAACAGCAUCACAAGAAAAUAGUUGCUACAUGGCUCAGUGUUCUCAAAAAAGUGCGAGUUGAGAAUCGUCUGACAUUGUUUUAUUUAGCAAAUGAUGUUAUACAAUAUAGUAAGCGAAAGAAUUAUGAUUUUGUGGAAAGUUGGGGUACUGCAUUACAAAAAGCCACCACCAUGGUUCGGCAUGACAAAGUGAUGAUUCGUAUAAUGCGGAUUUUCAAGAUCUGGGGCGAGAGAAAUGUGUACAACGAAGAAUUCCUCACAGAUCUGAGAGGUCUUCUUACUGCCAAAAAAGCCACUCCAGCCACUCCCCAAGCAAAGCCAUCUGAUACACCUACAACAGCCCCCGUUGCAACAUCAUCUACCGAAUUCAAUGCUUCCAAUCUCUUUGAUAGAAUGCACAGAUGUAAGGAUCUGGAAGAUGACACUGAUCUCAAGUUGAAAGUUGUUAAUGAUUGUAAACUUGUCAACUUUAAUGAUUUAGAAGCUUUUAGAACAAUGUUAAAAGAUCGUAAACAUGCAGAUGGUGUAGCUGGAGAGCUUGAUGAUGCAAUUUCUCAAGUGGAGGCUUACCGAAAAGCUCUUGAAAUUGAGAUCUCAGAAAGAAAAACUGUUAUUGAUCUUCUUCAGCAAGGUUCUAAGUUCUAUGAAACUGAGAAAAAUGAUGCGAGAGUUGUAUUUAAUGCUUACCGUAAUUUUAGUAGUCGCGUGAAAUCUCUGAAGAGGAAGUUAGAUGAACUCAUCCCAACUCUUUCGAGUCCAGUGCCAUCCCCAGAUGUCAACGCUCCUUCACCCUCUCCAGAUUCUGAUAUUGACCUACCCAACGAUGAUGAUCUCUCAGGGAAACUAAUGCAGAACACCAGAAGGGUAUCCCCUCCACCUAGAGCUCGUACUCAAGGUGGUGAUAUGGACAACAUGCCUAACUGCUUCUCAAGUUUCAUGGGUGGUGGUGCUCUGCCAUUUGACAUAAAAAGCAAUUUCUUUGUUGAUGAUGGAAGUAACCGUGCCAACAUUUUGGGUACAUCAGAGGACGAACCAGAGGGUAAACCUAUAGAAGUGAUAGGUAGAAGAAAAGAGGAAAGAUACGAAAUAUUUACAAAUUUUUUGAAUAAUCUGACACAAGGGGCACCAUCUAGUGCAAAACCAAACUCAUCAGCAAUACCUGGUUUGGGUGAUCCUCUUCCAGUUCCACCACCAUCAAUACCCAGUGAUUACCGAUUACCCUCAUCUUCACCCACUCCACUUCCCAUACCACCUCCUCCAAUGCCACCAUUGUUUGACAACUUCUCACAAGAAAAUUGUGAGAAGGAUGACUCAUGGAACACAUCUUUGCCACCGAAGUUCCCAACAUGGCGGGACACAGCAAGUUCCAACUGGUCUAGGGAUGACCCAAACCCCCAAGAUGGAGGUGAAUGGAUGCCAGCACUUCCUGUACCCAAGGUACCACCACCACCCCUGCCACAAAACCUUGAGACACCGGAGUCUCCUCCCAGCUUUGAAAAAGAGUCCUUUCGGCAACCCGUUGAGUAUGACGACACUGUUCACAACCGAAAAUCCGAUGUUGAUCAUCGUUCUUUUCUGAGCCAUUCCUCCUCUCCCAAAGAUGUAGAUCAUCGGAUUUUAAACAAUCGUUUCAAGAAAGAUGUGGAUCAUCGUAACCUAAUAAGUUUGACUGGGUCACCGCGAGAAUUGCAACCACCUCCCUUGCCUCCCAAUUUGUGGGGUGAUGUUGAUCAAGAUUAUCGCACACCUCCUCCAUCAAAACAGCAGUCUCGUCCAGGUGAUAAUGUUGAAAGUGUAGACAUGGAAAUGAGUGAUGAGGAAGAAAUAGAACGUCAUCAGGAUAAAGGCAGAUCCAGAGAACAUUCUCCAUCUAAAAAGUCAGUUGGUGGUUCCCAAGCACCUGAAUCUCCUAUUAAGGAUAGAGAAGAAUUGGGAAAGUCUAGAAGCCCUCAUUUGCCCAAUCCUUCUAAGACAACGCCUCAACGGUUCAAUGUGCCUCCUCCUACUACAAGACCUCCAUUUCCUCCACCUCCCCGCCCUCUAUUUCCUGAUGCACAAUUUGCUCCAUCCUUGGGUGGAGACUUUAACAAGUUCUCUAUGCCUCCAAUUCCUCCCCCUCCAGCACUCCCACUGUCAGGCCCACCCCCUGGAUUACCUCUGAGGCUUAGACAUCCUGGUAUGAACUUUUUACCCCCCAAUCUGACUUUACCUCCCAACCCCUUAUUAGCAAUUCAAAAUCGAUCCCCUGUACCUGCUGCUUUGGUAGCGCAGAGAACACUUGAAGCAUCACCUUCGCAUUCAAUGCCUACUUCAACCACUCAACAAGUUACACCGUCUGGAACUCAGUCCUCUGGUCCAGAAGAAUCUGACACAGAGUCAAUUGGUCAGUAUCUCAACAUGGGCCUAUCAGAUGAUGAAGAAAUAAAGGAAAUGGUUGCUAGUAUGGACCCACAAUUACUUCAGGAAGUUGUGGAUGGAAUAAAUAUUGGCAAUGGUUCUGAUAAACUCGACCUUAGUUCACUUAUGCCAAACAAUGGGGAAAUUGAAGAAGGUGAUGGUGAUUGGAAUGGUCAAGGUGACUUUGUUGAUCCCAACAAUCGGGGACGCCCAUGGAAGCCUUCUCGAUUAAGUGUGCCUGGUACUCCACCAGGCCUGGCCAUGCCUCAUCCCUCCAUGUCCCCUGGAGCCCCACGCUUUCGAGGGCAUGGUCUGAACUGGAGAUCUCCUCCUAUGCAUGAGAGAGGAGGCAGGGGUAGAGGCUUCUAUCGGCCCUUCCGUGGAAGGGGACCUCCAAUGCCACGACAACCAUAUGGUGGCAACUGGUGAUAUUUUAGAAAUAUUAACAGUUUUGAAACUGUUCUUCAUCUUAAUUAUCAGGGUCUUCAAAACGACUCAUUCUGCACCACUGAUAGUAUUUCUUGUUUGACCAAGGACGCACUAGUGUGUUAAAUACUUCCUUGUGUUCGUGUAGUGGGUGUGUGAUAUUCUAUCUUUUCUCAUAAAACUGUAAAUAGAAACAAUUAUAUGUUGCUGUUUUUUUUUUUUUUUGUUAUAGUUGAAAGUGGUUAAAAGUCAGCCUUUGCUCUCAGCUGAAUUGAUUUUUCUAGGAAUUACAAUAUGUAGCUCUUACUCGCCUCCCCCUUUGCUUUAUUGCCUAAAGCACAGUACUAGUCUGGAGCUGAGUUUAUUAAAUCCUACUGUAAUCAACAGUAGUAGGUAGUAGGUAUAAUAAUUUGUUGUUGUGUUUAUAUGUUUGUGAUUUCUGGGCGCGGGUCUGUCAUGAACAUGAAUUUACAAAACUAGAGCCCAUGGAAUUCCCUAGUAAUCAGUUUCUGAUUUAUAUUAUUUUGUUUUCUCUUUAUGUUGAGAUAUUUGUGUAGUAUACUGUAUUUCCAGUCAUCAAAAACCAUGUACAGUUAAGGACAAAUUAAUUGUUUCCAAAAGGUAUACACAUAUAGAGAGAGAGAUAGAUAUAUAUUGUGAAUAAUUUAUUUUUGUCAUUAUGAGAAAUUAUAUUGCAGGCUGGAUCAUCGUAUAGACUUUAGGGACUUUGGGCUCUAGCAUAAUAGUUGGCAUCAUUGUUUGAAAUUGAUCUCACGCAUCUUUGUUAGGGUUGUGGAGCUAGAUCCAUUUUACUUUGGAUUUCCAUCUGUUAAAUUAAUUGUGUUGAAUGUUGAGAUACAACAACAUGUUUAGUACAAAACCAUGAAAUAAUGUCAAAUGAAAAAAUGUGAAUACAUAUUUUUACUUCUGUGUGCUGUCUUGUCUACAUGCUAGAUGCCUUGUAUGAUAUUGCAUGCGUUGUAACCAGCAAAAUAACUUCUUAGUGGUUUGUUAUAACUUUUUCUUGUGUCCAUUUUGACUCAGUGGUCAUCUUUUUCUGGAGGCAAUAUUUUGAGAUUCUUAAACUUCAUUGGUGCCAUUUGCUUUUUGGGUUCUCUUGAAUUUUGAAUUUAUAGUUGUGGAAUCACUUUUUUGUUUGUUUAUUAUUUUUAUCAAUCUUGCGCACUUCAUCCCUUUAAUUUCUACAGACUUAUGUUCCAAUGUUCCUUUGAAUGUGGCAAAUUUAUGCAUUCUUUUCAGAUCACACGAAGGAAACAUUUUUAUAAAUAUCAAGCAAAGAUAUGUUAUAUAUAUAUAUAUAUUUAUAUGUGUCCAACUUGCUCUUAUCAAUGGGUAAUGAAGACUGACCAUAAAGUUUGUUCUAGUAAAUUUAGUCCCUUCUAGAUCCAUCUGGCAAAGCUUAGAUCAAAUUAUAACACCUAAUCAGCUAGUAUUCUGUUCUCUAUAUGACAAACCGGUACUUGUAAGAAAAAUAUGAUCAAUCAACCUUCAUGUUUGAGCUGAUCAAUUUCAUUUUGUUUCAUGGAGUUUGCUUUGUCUAAAUGUCUGAGUGUGCUCUUGGAAUGUCAGUGCAAUUACUGGAUUUUUGUUGUUUAUUCAUUAGGUUAAGAUCAGAAUUGCGUUUCUUCACAAUAUUUGUAUAAAUUGUAGAAUUGUAAUAAUCCUAUGCAAAUAUUAUUUUGCUCACCAGGAAAGUGAAUGUCAUUGUAAAUGUAAGGUUGAUAAUCAGAUAUGGAAUGAGACUGAUUUAACCUUCCAGUUUGUUAAGUUUUUUGUCUGUUUGUUAGUGUCUCACACCAGAAGUUGCCUGUAUUCAAACUGAACUGAAUGAAGUGCAGCUAACAAUUUUACCUUUGAUCUAUAGAGAAUUUAAUUUGUUUCAAGAUCACUAUGAGUACAGAAGAACUUAAUUG